AUGUCGUACCUUGGCAUUCUCGCAUUUCUGAUCCUACGCGGACGGACGCGCCGAGGACUGGCCGCGCGCCGCGGGUUGGCCAGUGGGGAGAUUCGUGGGCGCCCACGGGGGGACCCUGGGGAAGGUGGUAGUGGCUGGGAACGGUCGGAUGUGUUCGGGCAGCUGCUGUGCGAUCCUGGAGGGCGUGCACGCGCCUGGACGCGGUGCGGAAAGACCUCGCCAGCGACAGAAUCUGCAAGAAGACGAGAUGUGAGACACGUGCGAGGGGCUGCGGCGGCGCUCUAUUGCGACGACACGGAGGACACAUGCAGCGCGUCAGGUUUCACAGCGGGAGCGGGAGAUCGAGUCAUGCUCGGACACUCGGGCGCGGGGCGGGCGCGCCUGUUGAGAGCACGGGGGCAGGGGAGUGGCCACCUGCAGACCAUGGAUCCCUUCUCCGGCGUGUCGCACUUUUGGGACAUUUCGCAGCAGCCGAACACCUUUUCCGCACUCCCUGACGACGACUUUCUCGCAUUCCUCGAGAAGCAAUUCCCUACCGCAAUAGGCGCCACGCCCGCCCCCUUCGAUGGCCUCCCUGAUGUCGUCGACCCCCAGAGCCUCACCCGCCUCCCGCACCCAAAUCCUAGCCCGCCGUCGAGCGAUAGCAGCCCGAGCCCGUCCAGCAUGAACAACGAGCACAGCCCGUCGAGGCGUCAGUCAGGAGUGUUCAACGACUCGCCUACCGCUGAGCCAGAAGAGGCGGGCCUCAAGCGCAAAGCGAGCGAGGAGAGUAUUGCCGGCGAGCCAUCACACAAGGCGCAACAUACCAAUGGCACUAGCAACAACUCAAAUGGACAUAACAAAAAGGGAUCGAUCUCGGCGGCGAAUUCGCGCCGCAAGUCGUCAGGUAAUCCAACGCAAGAUGAGUCUCGUCUUCUUAAGCGUAAGGAGCAGAACCGUGCCGCUCAGCGAGCUUUCAGAGAACGUAAGGAGAAGCAUGUGAAAGACUUGGAAGAUAAGGUUGCCGCUCUAGAGGCAAAGAACCAGAUGACGGAGUCUGAGAAUGAGAAUCUGCGCGAUCUGCUGUCGCGGCUGCAGAGCGAAAACAUGAUGUUGAAGCAGCAGGCCACCUUUACCUUCUCGAUGCCUCGGGAGAAUGCGCCGAACAUGGCCAACGGCACCCCGGCGUCGGGUUCCUUCAACGGAGGCGCACCACAUUUUAACUUUGCUUCCCCGGGUGCAGGACCAAGCAGAUCACCAGUCUCUUCGCCGCAAUCACAAUCAUCAUUGAACUUCAACUCGUUAAUCUCGUUCGAUCCAAAUAUGAUGAACGUCAGCGAUGAGCCGACGGCUACCGAGGGCGCAAUGAACCUCGACUUCGGUUUCGGUCAGCCGCAUUGUCAAUACAAGACCAUUGCGGCGAACCCGAUGUUCAUGUCGUUCGCCGAGCCUUCGCCAUACGAUUCACCAUCGUCCGGGUCAAACACAUCCUCGAACUCCAACUAUCUCGGCAACUUCGAUAUGACGCCAUUCGAGAGCUGGUCUCCGCCCUCGGAAGCCGGACUGGAUCAAUUAUUCGGAGGCAACUUCAUAGGGACGCAAAACGGCGUCGACUUCAACGCGCUGCUCAAGAGCCCGCCAAGCUCAAUAAGCCCUGUCUCACAUGCUAGCCUCCGCACGCCGUCGUCAAGUUCACCGUCAUCGUCUUCCAGUCCAGGGUCAGGGACAACUUGUGGGACGCCUGGGGACGAGUGCCCAAAGACGAAGGAGGACCUUGCGAAGCACAUCGCGAACCAGGGCAACUCGGCAUUCGCAUGUGAAGUGCCCAUUGCGCCCUACCUACGGAAGGCGGUUGCCGACGAGACUGGCGGCGCGAUGAUCAUGUGCAAGGGGAGCUCGUUCCCGCCGACAGAGAAGAGCGACAAGAACGUGGAGGUGCUCACGGCGUGGCGGAGCAUCACAAGCAACCCGCAGUUUAAGGUCCGUCCCCCCUUAGACGUGCAGUCGUGCGGCGAUGCUCACGCGAGCGCUUUCAAGCAGGACCUCGACAUCAACGAGUUGUGCGCAGAGUUUACGAGCAAGGCGCGCUGCGACGGCACGAAGGUCGUGCUCGAGCCGCAGGGCGUGCAUCAUAUCAUCGAGACACUCGCCGCGAAGCGCCAGCAGCAGGCGAAGCAGUAA